GCACGUCGUCUCUCCUUUGGUUUCUCUCCCCUUAUAUUCGACGAGUGACUCCGAUUGGAUCGCUGUUUCGUCAUUUCUCACUUUCUAAAGAAAAACGAAUCUCUCUCCACCAUCAUCACCUUUCUCCUUCACUUGCCUCAGAUCUGGCUGCGAUUUCAAAUCUUCUUUAGUUUCUCUCGCAUCGCUCGGCCGUUGACGGUCCCGUCCUUGCCGUGGAUCUGAUUCUGGCCCCGGAUUCUCUCGCCGCGAUCUGAGGUCAAACAUGGCGGCGGCUAACGCGCCCAUCAUCAUGAAGGAGGUCCUAACGCUUCCGAGCGUUGGGAUCGGUCAACAGUUCAUCACCUUUACAAAUGUUACUAUGGAGUCUGAUAAGUACAUAUGUGUACGAGAGACGGCACCACAGAACAGUGUUGUAAUUAUCGAUAUGAAUAUGCCCAUGCAGCCUUUAAGGAGACCUAUAACUGCUGAUUCUGCUCUUAUGAACCCAAACUCGAGGAUCCUUGCCUUAAAAGCUCAAGUUCCAGGAACUACUCAGGAUCAUCUACAGAUAUUUAACAUCGAAGCAAAAGCAAAGUUGAAGUCACAUCAGAUGCCUGAGCAGGUUGCUUUUUGGAAGUGGAUCACACCAAAGAUGCUGGGGCUGGUCACACAAACUUCUGUUUAUCAUUGGUCGAUUGAAGGUGAUUCUGAGCCAGUUAAGAUGUUUGAUAGAACGGCCAAUUUGACAAACAAUCAAAUUAUAAACUAUAAGUGCUCUCCUAAUGAGAAGUGGUUGGUCUUGAUUGGAAUCGCUCCUGGCUCUCCUGAGAGACCACAAUUGGUAAAAGGAAAUAUGCAGCUUUUCUCGGUGGAUCAACAGCGGAGCCAGGCCCUUGAAGCACAUGCUGCAUCAUUUGCUCAGUUUAAGGUCCCUGGGAAUGAGAAUCCUUCUAUUCUUAUAUCCUUUGCAAGCAAGAGCUUUAAUGCUGGGCAGAUAACAUCAAAGUUGCAUGUUAUUGAACUUGGUGCCCAACCAGGAAAACCAUCAUUUACAAAAAAGCAGGCAGAUCUCUUUUUCCCCCCAGAUUUUGCUGAUGAUUUUCCUGUGGCCAUGCAGGUCUCUCACAAGUUUAACUUGAUUUAUGUCAUCACCAAGCUUGGCCUGCUGUUUGUAUAUGAUCUAGAGACAGCUUCUGCUAUCUACAGAAAUCGGAUAAGUCCGGACCCAAUUUUCUUAACGUCUGAAGCUUCCUCAGUUGGGGGUUUCUAUGCCAUUAAUAGGCGAGGACAAGUUCUUUUGGCAACCGUAAAUGAGGCCACCAUAAUACCUUUUAUUAGUGGUCAAUUGAACAAUUUGGAACUUGCUGUCAAUCUUGCUAAAAGAGGAAAUCUCCCUGGUGCAGAGAAUCUGGUUGUCCAGCGGUUCCAAGAGUUAUUUGCUCAAACAAAGUACAAGGAGGCUGCUGAGCUUGCUGCUGAAUCUCCUCAGGGCAUUCUACGGACACCUGAUACGGUGGCCAAAUUCCAGAGUGUUCCUGUACAAGCAGGGCAAACUCCUCCAUUGUUACAGUAUUUUGGGACCCUUUUGACUAGAGGGAAGCUCAAUUCAUAUGAGUCUUUGGAACUAUCUCGGCUUGUUGUGAAUCAAAACAAGAAGAACCUUUUGGAAAACUGGUUAGCCGAGGAUAAGUUAGAAUGCAGUGAAGAACUCGGAGACCUUGUCAAGACUGUGGAUAAUGACCUUGCUCUAAAAAUUUACAUCAAAGCUAGAGCUACUCCAAAAGUCGUUGCAGCUUUUGCAGAGCGAAGGGAGUUUGACAAAAUACUGAUUUAUUCAAAGCAGGUUGGGUACACACCUGAUUACAUGUUUCUUCUGCAAACGAUACUUCGUACGGAUCCUCAGGGAGCAGUAAAUUUUGCUUUAAUGAUGUCCCAAAUGGAAGGAGGUUGCCCAGUUGACUACAACACUAUCACUGAUCUUUUCCUUCAGAGAAAUCUGAUCCGUGAAGCCACUGCUUUCCUUCUGGAUGUUCUGAAGCCAAACUUACCCGAGCAUGCUUUUCUGCAAACUAAGGUUUUGGAGAUCAAUUUGGUAACCUUUCCUAAUGUGGCUGAUGCAAUCUUAGCAAAUGGGAUGUUCAGCCAUUAUGACAGGCCUCGUGUUGCACAGCUUUGUGAAAAGGCUGGACUUUACAUCCAAUCCUUAAAGCAUUACUCAGAGUUACCUGAUAUCAAACGUGUAAUUGUUAACACACAUGCUAUUGAGCCACAGGCUCUUGUCGAGUUUUUCGGUACUCUUUCUAGCGAGUGGGCUAUGGAGUGCAUGAAAGAUCUCCUGUUGGUCAACCUGAGAGGCAACCUUCAGAUAAUCGUUCAGGCUUGCAAGGAGUACUGUGAGCAACUUGGUGUCGAUGCAUGCAUUAAACUCUUUGAGCAAUUCAAGUCAUACGAAGGGCUGUACUUUUUCCUAGGUUCAUACUUGAGUAUGAGUGAGGAUCCUGAGAUUCACUUCAAGUACAUUGAAGCAGCUGCCAAGACUGGUCAAAUAAAGGAGGUUGAGCGUGUGACUAGAGAGUCUAACUUUUAUGAUGCUGAAAAGACGAAGAACUUUUUGAUGGAAGCUAAGCUUCCUGAUGCCCGACCUUUGAUAAAUGUCUGCGAUCGUUUUGGCUUUGUGCCUGAUCUUACUCAUUACCUCUACACAAACAACAUGCUGCGUUACAUUGAAGGUUACGUUCAGAAGGUAAAUCCUGGGAAUGCUCCCUUAGUUGUGGGGCAGUUGCUUGAUGACGAAUGCCCUGAAGAUUUUAUAAAAGGCCUCAUUCUUUCUGUUCGUUCAUUACUUCCUGUUGAACCCCUUGUUGAUGAAUGUGAAAAGAGAAAUCGACUCCGUCUCCUUACUCAGUUCUUGGAGCAUCUAGUUAGUGAGGGAAGCCAAGAUGUGCAUGUCCAUAAUGCCUUGGGUAAAAUUAUCAUAGACAGUAACAACAACCCCGAGCAUUUCCUGACCACCAAUCCUUACUACGACUCUAAGGUUGUGGGUAAGUACUGCGAGAAACGUGAUCCCACUCUGGCCGUUGUGGCAUACAGAAGAGGACAAUGUGACGAGGAACUCAUCAAUGUCACCAACAAGAACUCUUUGUUUAAGUUACAAGCCAGGUACGUAGUGGAGAGGAUGGAUGGUGACCUCUGGGAGAAGGUUCUUACGGAAGAAAAUGAAUAUAGGAGGCAACUUAUCGACCAAGUUGUGUCUACUGCUUUACCUGAAAGCAAGAGCCCAGAGCAAGUUUCUGCAGCUGUUAAAGCAUUCAUGACUGCUGAUCUGCCGCAUGAGCUUAUUGAGCUUCUUGAAAAAAUUGUGCUUCAAAAUUCUGCCUUCAGUGGAAAUUUCAAUCUGCAAAAUCUGCUUAUACUGACAGCUAUUAAGGCAGAUCCGUCUAGAGUUAUGGAUUACAUUAACAGGCUGGAUAAUUUUGAUGGUCCAGCUGUUGGAGAAGUGGCGGUUGAUGCUCAAUUGUAUGAGGAAGCAUUUGCGAUUUUCAAGAAGUUUAACUUAAAUGUUCAGGCUGUCAAUGUAUUGUUGGAUAACGUCAGAAGCAUUGAGCGUGCUGUUGAGUUUGCUUUCCGGGUCGAAGAAGAUGCUGUUUGGAGUCAAGUCGCUAAGGCUCAGCUCAGGGACGGACUAGUCAGUGAUGCUAUUGAGUCCUUUAUCCGAGCUGAUGAUGCCACUCAGUUCCUGGAGGUCAUCCGCGCCUCUGAAGAUACUAAUGUCUAUGAUGACUUGGUCAGAUACCUUCUGAUGGUUAGACAGAAGGUGAAGGAACCCAAGGUGGAUAGUGAGCUCAUCUAUGCUUAUGCAAAGAUUGAAAGGUUGGGUGAGAUUGAAGAAUUUAUUCUGAUGCCCAACGUUGCCAACCUUCAAAAUGUUGGUGACCGCUUGUAUGAUGAAGCUCUGUAUGAGGCUGCAAAGAUAAUAUAUGCAUUCAUAUCGAAUUGGGCCAAGUUAGCCGUCACCCUUGUGAAGUUGCAACAGUUCCAAGGUGCUGUUGAUGCUGCAAGGAAAGCAAACAGUGCAAAGACAUGGAAGGAAGUCUGCUUUGCUUGUGUUGAUGCUGAGGAAUUCCGACUGGCCCAAAUCUGUGGACUUAACAUUAUCAUACAGGUGGAUGACCUGGAAGAAGUAAGCGAGUACUACCAGAACAGAGGAUGCUUCAAUGAAUUGAUCUCACUUAUGGAGAGUGGACUUGGUCUGGAACGUGCUCACAUGGGGAUCUUCACCGAGUUGGGUGUACUGUACGCCAGAUAUCGUUAUGAGAAGCUUAUGGAACACAUCAAGUUGUUCUCGACUCGCCUCAAUAUUCCCAAGCUUAUCCGGGCCUGUGAUGAACAACAGCAUUGGCAGGAACUUACCUAUCUUUACAUUCAAUAUGAUGAGUUUGAUAAUGCUGCAACCACUGUCAUGAAUCAUUCUCCUGAAGCAUGGGAGCACAUGCAAUUCAAAGACAUUGUUGCCAAGGUUGCGAAUGUUGAGCUUUACUAUAAGGCCGUUCACUUCUACUUGCAAGAGCACCCUGAUAUAAUCAACGAUCUUCUCAAUGUGCUUGCUCUGCGGUUAGAUCACACUCGUGUCGUUGAUAUUAUGCGCAAGGCUGGUCACUUGCGCUUAUCAAGCCAUACAUGGUUGCAGUUCAGAGCAAUAAUGUCUCUGCUUUUUGACCAGAUAGGUCUUGCCCAGAAGAUUGAGAAACACGAGCUUGUCGAAAUGAGACGUGUGGCUGCUUAUAUCUACAAGAAAGCUGGUAGAUGGAAGCAAUCGAUUGCUUUAUCAAAGAAAGAUAACAUGUACAAGGACUGUAUGGAAACUGCUUCGCAAUCUGGCGACCAUGAUCUUGCAGAACAACUUCUCGUCUACUUCAUUGAACAGGGGAAAAAGGAAUGCUUUGCUACAUGUCUCUUUGUCUGUUAUGACUUAAUCCGACCAGACGUUGCUCUAGAACUUGCUUGGAUCAACAAUAUGAUAGACUUUGCCUUCCCGUAUCUCCUCCAGUUUAUUCGAGAAUACUCUGGCAAAGUGGAUGAGCUUAUCAAGGACAAGCUGGAGGCACAAAAAGAGGUGAAGGCCAAAGAACAGGAAGAGAAGGAUGUCAUGUCCCAACAGAACAUGUACGCCCAAUUAUUGCCAUUGGCUCUACCUGCCCCUCCGAUGCCAGGAAUGGGAGGUGGUGGGUAUGGUCCGCCACCACCAAUGGGCGGAAUGCCAGGAAUGCCUCCAAUGCCACCGUAUGGAAUGCCUCCAAUGGGCGGCUACUAAGACCACUGGAACAAAACUAUCCAUUCAAGUUAUCGAAAACUCAUAGUAGCGCAAUCACCCAUGGUGUUAUUUGUCUACUACAGGAGUGACCGGAAUUCGUCAGAAUGUUUCCUUCUUUGGUUUCGUUUUAUAGGAUAUGUGUGGAUAAUAAACUUGCUUUCGUUUG